GUUAAAAAACGUGGCAGGUUGCAAAUUGACGAUUGAGAUUGUAGAAAUGGACUCCCUAUCCUUCGCGUGCUCCAGUUUAGUCAUUUCAAUAUGUUGCACAAUAAAUCGAGUUUCUGCAGUGCAAUCCGAGAAUCCUCCGAAUAUUAUAGUGAUACUGGCUGAUGACCUUGGUUGGAAUGAUGUCAGUUUCCAUGGCUCCAAUGAAAUUCCAACACCCAAUAUUGACUCUGUGGCUUACAACGGGUUGAUACUGCGGAACCACUAUGUAUUGCCUACUUGCACACCUUCUAGGACUGCAUUCAUGACCGGGCGUUAUCCCAUACGAAGUGGUAUGCAAGGCUAUCCCUUAGAAGCGGGUGAGCCUCGAGGUAUACCUUUGAAUACCCAGUUACUCCCCGAACACUUGAAGAACCUUGGAUAUUCAACACGACUCGUCGGUAAAUGGCAUGUCGGCUAUCAAAGUGACGGGUUCACCCCAGCGAAACGCGGAUUCGAUACGUUUUUUGGAUUCUACAAUGGCUUUAUUGGUUACUACGAUCAUAAUUAUACAUCAAAGUCUGGGAUAACUGGGCACGAUUUCCAUCGUGAUAAUUCCACGGGACUGAAUCCAGAUUGGACUGGAGAGAGUACAUAUGCUACCGAUCUCUUUACGGAUGAAGCAGUGAAGAUUAUUGAGGAGCACGAUAGCCAACGGCCUCUGUAUCUUCAGCUGUCUCACCUUGCUCCCCAUACGAGUGAUGUUGGGGAUCCAUCGCUUGAAGUAAGAAAUUUCAGUGCACUGAAGCAAACGUUUCAUUACAUAGCGAAAGUGGAACGUAUCACAUAUGCAGGAAUGGUAACUGCUCUGGACGAAUCCGUGGGUCGGGUUAUGGAAGCUCUCAGCAAAAAAAAUAUCCUGAAAAAUUCAAUCGUCAUCUUCAUGGCCGACAAUGGGGCUCCUACGUUUGGAGAAUAUGCGAAUCGAGGAUCUAAUUAUCCUCUCCGAGGGUUGAAAUCCUCAUUCUAUGAAGGCGCAGUACACGGAGUUGCAUGUGUAUACUCACCAUUGAUACGAAAUCCGGGAAGAAUUGUUGACGACCUUGUUCAUAUGACAGAUUGGCUACCAACACUGUACAGCGCAGCUGGCGGUAAUGACAAGGACCUCGGUAUCAUCGAUGGUGUCAAUCAGUGGCCGACAAUUGAACGAGGAGAAUCUGGUCGUAGGAAAUCACUGCUAGUCAAUAUCGAUGAAACAGUGAAUCGUGAAGCUGCCAUUAUUGGCCGAUACAAACUUUUAAAAAAAGGUGCCAUGCCAUAUUAUGAUGGUUAUUAUGGUGACAAUGUUGAUGAUGGAGACUCUUCAGCACCUUCGUACAACUUGGAUGCAGUAAUGGCUUCACCAAGCAGUCAAGCUAUCCUCGAGACGACAGGGGCCAUCGUAGAUCCUUCCAGUAUUCUAGAUCUUCGGGCACAGGAGAAAAUCGACUGCAAGCCUCCCGCGGAAUUCGCCAACUGCUCUGGAACAUGUCUGUUCGAUCUUGAGAUUGACCCCUGUGAGACGACUGACGUAUCCAGCCAAUAUCCAGAUGUGGUAGAGAUGUUGGAGAAUUUUAUAGAUGGUUAUCGAAAUGUCCUGAUGAAUCAGACGAAUACCCCGGUUGACCCAAAAUCAGAUCCUAUGUAUCACGGUGGCGUCUGGAUGCCUUGGCUCAACAUAUAAGUGAAAUCGUUGUGAAAUCAAUUGAUUGAUUCACCUGUGGGAAAAAAUAUGGGAUCAUCAACUACUGUAACAUCACAAUUAUCGUUUCAACUGUUUGUCACUGCAAUUGAAGGAUGGUUCUAAAUGAAGGAUUCUGUUAUGAAUAGUGCCUACUAUUCAUUUUAUAAGUAUUCACAAAAUUUAAGAGUUUUGUCGCUUUACAAAAAAUUUGCG